UUUUAUAAUUGAGAGUAAUAAUCGGAGUAAGUAAAAUGAGAGAGUGUUUCAUUCUGGGUUUUGGAGUUGUGAGCGAUGAGAAAGAAAAGCGUUUGUGGUGGCCGCAGGCGUAGUACUACUCCUUCUGUGUCUCCUCUCAUCUCUCCCAUUCCUCCACUCUCUACCUCCCAGGACGACAACAUUGCAACCAUCUACGACAGCGACACCAACACCAACACCAACGACGACCACACGCACGCUCCACUCCCCGAUACCGAACCUGUAGAGUCCUUCGACGAUAACACUUGCAUAACAUGCAACCAAAGCGGAGGACCAUUGCUCGUAUGUGCCCAAACCGAUUGCCCCGUUACUGUCCACGUCACCUGCAUCGGUUCCGAACCUAAAUUCGAUUAUUCUGGUAAGUUCUACUGUCCCUACUGUUCCUACAAGCGAGCGUUGAAUAAGAGUAGAGAACUUAGAGAGAAAGUUAUUCUAGCGAAGAAAGCUCUUUCAAGUUUUUUGGAAAAAGACCAAACGCUGCGUAAGGAUAAGGAUCACCAACCUGUUCAACCGGUUCAGGAUCACGCCAACCGGGAUGACCCGGUAGUUUCUCAUUCUGGGGAGGGAAAACAACACAAUAAUAAUGAUCAUGAUCUUGAUCGUGAUCGUGAUCGUGAUCGUGAAAAUGAAAAUGAUAAAGGAAAAAUUUCUGUAACUAGUAGUUCCGUGAGCGAAACUAAUGAUUCGGAUUCUAACUCCAUUGCGGUGAAGAAAGGUUAUCCCAAUGCUAAACGCAAGGUUGUUUCUGUGAAAAAAACCUUGUUAUGGGAACAGAAAACCGGCGGUGCCAGUGAUGUGGAUGACGAGGAAGUUACCAGCUCCAGAACUUUAAAACUACAGAAGCAAAACAAAAAUCAGAAUCUGCUGACUGGAAAGCGUAGGAGAUUGUUUUGGACAGCUGAAGAAGAAAAAACUCUCAAGGAAGGAGUGUUGAAGUUCUCAACGGGAAAUCAGAAUAUCCCUUGGAGAAAAAUUUUAGAAUUUGGUUGUCGUGUGUUUGAUAAUACUCGCACUCCUGUUGAUCUCAAGGAUAAAUGGAGGAACAUGACCUCCAAGGAAGGAAACUAGAGCUUGUGAAAACCUGAGUUUCUUUACAGUAACAGCCAGCGGGGGGGUUUUGAUUACAUUAUUGCAAAAAGUGGAGGAACGAUAGGAGUUGUUAAUGAAACUUGAUGACUUAUCCAUGUUUUGUAAAGAGUUCUAUCUAUGUAUUGUAUAUAAUUGCUUGCCUCCAAUAAUUUUGUGCAAGGUAAUUUUAAUUUACCUCUCCUAGAGUUCUUAAAUAUACAUCUAAUGUAUGAAGAAUUGUGAAGUUGGGAUAUUAUAGUAACUAUAAAACCUCGUCCAGAAAAUUAAAUCACCAACGACUUUGAA